AUGCCUCUCGUCAAAAUCGACAUGAUCAAGGGCGUCCGCUCGCCCGAGGAAAUCAAGAAGCUAGCCGACAUUGUCCAGGAGAUCAUGCUGGAGAAAUUCGCCGCUCCUCCGCGUGACCGCUACCAGAUCAUCACCCAGCACGAGCCCUACGAGAUGAUCUGCGAGGACACCAACCUCGGCCUCACGCGCACCGACAAGCUCGUCUUCAUCCAGAUCUUCCAGCAGGGCCGCGACGCCGCCAAGAAGCAGGCCGUCUACGCCGCCCUGGCCGAGCGCCUCGACAAGGAGUGCGGCGUGCCCGGCUCCGACCUGAUCGUCAGCGUCGCCGCCAACACGCGCGAGGACUGGAGCUUCGGUCUGGGAAGGGCCCAGUUCUUGACCGGGGAGCUGUGA